UUAUUAAUUCAAGAUUUCACGGGUCGUGAUUUAAUAAGGAGCUUAAUCCGCUCUAAUUUUUAUCGCCAGUGAGGUUCAGUUCAAAGGAUAAGAAUCCGAAUCUGAAAAAAUGUUCCUUAUCAGAAGACAACUUGUAACAAAAGCAAAAAGUGUUUACGUUGGAGCUAAUGUACCUGGUGUAACUUUAAAUAUUUGUCAUAAACGCUUAUCAAGUAGUGGAAUUCAUACAGCAACAGAGAAAAAUAUGAAACGUUUAGAAGGAAAGGUAGCAAUCGUUACAGCUUCUACGGAUGGAAUUGGAUUUGCAAUUGCUAAACGUUUGGCCGAGGAUGGUGCGGCUGUGGUAAUCAGUAGCCGUAAGGAGCGAAAUGUUGAAAAUGCGGUUGAACGUUUACGAAAGCUAAAUCUUAAAGUUACUGGUUUAAAAUGUCAUGUGGGAGAAGCACAAGAUAGGAAACGACUAUUUGAGGAAACUAUACGUACUUAUGGAAAAUUAAAUAUUUUGGUAUCUAAUGCCGCUACAAAUCCAGUAGUGGGUGGCGUGUUGGAAUGCGAGGAAGGCGUCUGGGAUAAAAUAUUCGACGUGAAUGUUAAAUCUUCCUAUUUACUUGCAAAAGAGGCAUUGCCUUAUUUACGAAAGGAACAAGGUUCCAAUAUAGUUUUUGUGUCCUCCAUAGCGGGCUACGAUGCUUUCAAUUUGCUAGGUGCAUACUCCGUUAGUAAGACAGCUUUAAUUGGUUUAACUAAAGCUGCAUCCAAAGAGUUGGCUCCUGAAGGAAUUCGAGUAAAUUGCUUGGCACCAGGAAUUAUUAAAACCAAAUUCUCAAGUGCGCUGCACGAAACCGAAUCGGCUAAUAACGCAGCAGUCUCAAAUAUACCCAUGGGACGUCUGGGUGCCCCAGAAGAAAUGGGUGGAAUAGUAUCAUUUUUAGUUUCUGAUGAUGCUUCUUAUAUUACAGGCGAAUCGAUUGUCGCUGGUGGUGGUAUGUCAGCUAGACUAUAAAGUUAAUCCAUUUAUGUGAAAUUUAAAGAUUGUUAAUCGUUUGGGUUAUAAGUAAAAUAUAUAUAUCUUAAGCAAUA